UUUAAAUACACUUCUUAAUUUAAACAAAACAUACGAAAGUCACAGGUAACAACAGGAAGAAGAGGAAAGAAGAGACGGACAAAUAGAGAGGAAAAGAGAGAUAAAGCACAAAUUGGCUGGCCAUUGUUUUUAAGUUUUCGCGGUCAUACCCUCAAUUUUCACAUCCUUUCUUCUUCUUCUUCAUCUUCACACUCUCAAAUUCUUUGUUCAUCCUCCAAUUUCUUCAAUCUCUCUUCUAAUCUUUCCUUUUUUUUUUUUUCCCUUCAUCAGCAGCUUCUCCUGUUAAUCUUCCUUUUGUUAUUUGAUCGUUUUUUUUUUCUACUUGUUGCUGCGUUUUGAUCGGUUAGAUCUGGUAAUUUGCAGCUAUACAAUCAAUGGCUCCCACGAGGAAGUCGAGGAGUGUAAAUAAGCGAUUUUCUUAUCCUAAUGAGAUCUCUCCUGCUAAAGAUGGAGAUACUGCUAAUAAAAGUAACAAACGGAAGCGGAAGGUGUCUGAUAUGUUAGGGGCUCAGUGGAGCAAAGAAGAGCUUCAACGCUUUUAUGAGGCAUAUCGCAAGUAUGGGAAAGACUGGAAGAAGGUGGCUGCAGCUGUACGUAAUCGGUCUGUGGAAAUGGUCGAGGCUCUAUAUACUAUGAACAGGGCUUACUUGUCUCUUCCAGAGGGAACAGCUUCUGUUGUUGGAUUAAUAGCAAUGAUGACUGAUCAUUAUUCUGUCUUGGAGGGAAGUGAUAGUGAACAAGAAAGCAAUGAUGGUGUUGGAAUGCCCCGAAAAUCUCAUAAGCGUACCCGUGCCAAAGGACAUCCCAAUACAGCUAGGAAUUUAUCAGAUGUAUCACAUUCUCAAGCGGUUGCUUCAAAUUAUGGUUGUUUGUCAUUGUUAAAGAAAAAACGCUCUGGUGGAAACCAACCUAGAGCAGUUGGAAAAAGGACGCCUCGCAUUCCUGUGAGAUAUACUUAUGAUAAAGAUAGCAUAGGAAGGUAUAUAUCUCCAGUUCGGCAGGGGCCGAAGUCAAAGUUAGAUGCUAAUGAUGACGAUGUUGCUCAUGAAGUGGCGUUGACAUUGGCUGAGGCAUCCCACAGGGGUGGGUCCCCUCAGGUCUCGCAGACACCAAGUAAAAGAAGGGAGACUGUUUCAAAAUCACCUGGGGGUUUGGGUGAAGGAGUGUGUUCAGAGUCAGAAAUGACCAGCGCCAAAAAUGUUGGAAAUGAAAUGGAUGAUUUUGGGUGUGAAGGAAGUUUAGGAAGCACAGAAGGCGAUAAUAAUUUUUCCAGGGAGAAACCUCAAUCUGGUGGCAGGAAAGGUGCUGGUAGACCUGCUCAACAAAAAGCAAAGAAGUCUUAUGGAAAAAAAGUAGAAGCUGAAGAUACUGGACAUCAUGGGGAUGAUAUAAAGGAAGCCUGCAGUGGUACUGAAGGAGGACAAAGGUUUAGCUGUUUUGAAUUAAAACAUGGACCCGAAGCAAGAGAUGCGACUUUUAUUCGACCGUCAGGCCAGGCCUCUAAAAAGAGGAGUAAAAAGGUCCUAUUUGGGGGAGAUGAAGGUGUAGCCUUGGAUGCCCUGCAAGCUUUAGCUGAUUUGUCAUUCAUGAUGCCAUCUUCCACAGCAGAGGCAGAGUCAACUGCGCCUCAUAAGGAAGAUAAAGAAAGUGAUAUUAACACAUUCAGGCCACAGGACACCAUACCUACAAGUCAGAGGGUGAAGCCAAAAUUUUCACCAUCUAAGAAGAAGGGAGAUCAAACAAUGCUGAACUCUCUAGUUUCUGAGUCCAAAAAAUCUAAACUAGCAAAAGUUUCUGCCCUUGAUUCAAGUCCUGUAGCUGAAAUAAAAGAUUUAGGCAUGCGAAAAAGAAAACCUAAGUCUUCUGCUUUUAAACAGAAUGCUGCCUCAGAGGUUCAAAUUUUUGCGGGUGUCAAUGCUUUUCAGGAAAAGGUUCCAGAUCAAGGUUUGAAGUCUGUUAACAAAAUUCGACAAUUUUCAAACAAUGCUUCCCAACAGCAGCUUGGUCAUUUGGUCAAAAUUUCUGAACAUUCAUCUUCAAGUACUGAUAUAAGAAGAGACGGAGAUGACUCAGCAGUGUCAUCUGUACAGGCUCCUGAAACUAGCGAGGUCAAUGUGCCAACCAAAUCUAGAAGCAAGCGUAAAGUGGACAAAGCACAGAUCCAAAGGUCGGAUAUCUUUGUUAAUGAGCAAUCUAACACAUCUGGGCAGUCAUACCAUGAUAAGACAGUUUACCUCAAGGAAAGGCUUUGUAAUUGCUUGUCUAGCCACCUUGUCAGGAGAUGGUGUGUGUAUGAGUGGUUUUACAGUGCAAUUGACUACCCUUGGUUUGCUAAAUGUGAGUUUGUGGAGUAUUUGUAUCAUGUGGGUUUGGGCCACGUACCUAGACUGACUCGUGUUGAAUGGGGUGUCAUUAGAAGUUCAUUGGGAAAACCACGAAGAUUUUCACAACAAUUUCUGAAGGAAGAAAAGGAGAAACUGAAUUACUAUCGUGAAUCAGUUAGGAGCCACUAUUCUGAAUUGCGCAUGGGAAAAAGAGAAGGACUUCCAACUGAUUUAGCUCGUCCUUUAACAGUAGGUCAGCGUGUUAUUGCCAUUCAUCCGCGGUCAAGAGAAAUUCAUAAUGGAAAGGUGCUUACAGUUGAUCAUAAUGUAUGCCGGAUUCAGUUUGACAGGCCUGAACUAGGAGUUGAAUUUGUUAAGGAUAUCGACUGCAUGCCGUUAAAUCCGGUGGAAAAUAUGCCUACAUCUCUUAAGCGACACGAUGGUGCUAUUGAUAAGUUCUAUGAGGCAUUGAAGCAGUUCAAAGCAAACGAGAGAUCUGAAGAUAGGAUGAAGGAAGAAAUAAUAAAACUGACACCAAGCCAAAAAAUGGAAAGUGCUCUCGGCACCUCAAAUGUCGCUCCUUUUUAUCAAAUAAGUGAUUUAUCAAAACAGGCGAAGGAUGUUUUUGGAACUCCAAGUUCUCAUGAAAAGACUGGUCAAACUGAUGUUGUGAGCCCUCAACAGUCUGCUCUAUUCCAUUUGCAAGCAAAGGAGGCUGAUAUCCGUGCUUUGGCAGAGCUAUCCCGAGCUCUCGAUAAAAAGAAUGCCUUGGUAACUGAACUAAAACGCAUGAAUGAUGAUGUUUAUGAAAAUCAUUCUCUCAAAUAUUUGGAGUCUUUCAAGAAGCAAUAUGCAGCUGUGCUGGUGCAGUUAAAUGAAGUGUUAGAUCAGGUUUCCUCAGCUUUGACAUGCUUGAGACAAAGAAAUACUUACCAAGGGAACUCUCUGGUUCCUUGGCAGAAGACAAAGGCAAAUUUGGAUGAUCAUGGUAGCGUUGUAAGUUCAUUAAAUUGCUUUCCAUGUGAUUCUCAAAGGACAGGCUCACAUGUAUGUGAAAUAGUUGAUACUUCAAGAAUCAAAGCACGAAAGAUGGUAGAUGCAGCACUUAAGGCCAUUUCAUCACUUAAUGUAGCAAUGGAUACCAUUCAAAAGAUUGAAGAGGUAGUAGACUUUGUCAAUAAUCAGCUUAUGGUUGACGAUUCUGGCAUGUCGGUACAGGCCUCUCAGCUCAGUGGAAGUUUAUCUCGUCAGAAUCAGCUUAUAAACGUGGUGGCUUCUGAGCAAGCACACGAUUCCAGGUCAAAUGGAGCAGUUGCUCCACAUGAUGCAAAGAUUCCGUCAGAGCUCAUUGCAAACUGUGUUGCCACACUGCUGAUGAUUCAAAAGUGUACUGAGCGUCAAUUUCCGCCUGCUGAGGUUGCCCAAAUUUUAAACCUGGCAGUCACAAGCUUACAGCCAUGCUGUUCACAGAACGUCCCAAUAUAUGCAGAGAUACAGAAAUGUAUGGGAAUCAUUCGGAGCCAGAUACUGGCACUUGUACCUACGUAGAAUUAAUCUACUUGAAACUUUGUAUCUGGUGUAAAUUUAUAAUCUGUAGAUGUAAAUUUAUAAAUCUUUGUGGUGGUUGCUGCUGUCCAAGCCAAAGCCCCUUUGAAUGUUGUCAAUUUAUCGUAAUUAAAUGUUGUAUAUGAAUCAUGAAUUCAUAUUUGAUUAAAUAUAUAUUCAUGUGCAAUUUAGCACUUCCACGAUGAUUAUCAUCUCA